AUGCCCAUCGUAUAUGCUGGGCAUGUGUCUCACAUGGCAUGGUUCCAUCCCUACUGGGCACAGCAGAUCUGUGGGAAAAGACAACCACCAUCAGGUCAUUAACCCACCUGAGUCGACACUGGUUUUCAUUGCAAAUACUUCCUGACUUUGUGGAUGCCUUAUACAGAAAGGUGUGGUUUGACCCAAAGACGUUUCUUAUUCUCCUUUCUUUUCUUUUGUUUCAGAGUUACAAGUAAGGACGAUUACUUUUUAUCGUAUAUGUUUCUCAGUAUCCUCUGGAGAAUCCUAAACCUCUGGGACUGAGUGUUGUCCGAGUGAACCCUGUGUAGCGUUGCCAGAGGAAAGACAGGGAGAGUAACAUUGGGAAGAGCUCUGCCAAAAGACCCAGGACAAAGAAAAAGGGAGCUGGGGAUGUGAAUGACACUCAAUCUUCCUCUGCUUCAGCUUCCAAGCCUGAGAGCAGAUCUAGUAGCUGUACUGAAAGAGUUCAGCCACCAGGUGGCAGUAGAACCUCAGGGAGCAGCUGCAGCAGGAAUGGCAACAACAAAGAAGAUGAAAAGGAGCCUUGCAAACAGCCUUGUUCAAAGACUGACAUUGAGGUCUCAACGACCUACGCUGUGAACAGCCUUCUCUCCAUUAUCAAACAAACUGAUCCAUACAUACUUGACAUCGACCUUGAUUUUUUUCUCUUGUAAGAAUCCCUUCAAGGAGAUGUAUACACAGGUAAAGGCAAUGAUCUGUAACUGUUGGAAACGAGAGGCUUAGCCUUCUCAAGGAAGCCUAUACUGCUUAGAUGUAGCAGAUAUCUUACUUAGUAUCAGCUGAAGUGUUUUAAGAUGUUUAGACAUGUUGGUUUUUCCUUGGCAAUCAUGUCAUGAUUUGACGCCAUCAGUUUUAGUCCCCCUCCUCUGUAUACCAUAAGAGGAGUACAAUAUUCUACAGGAGCUAUCUAUACAGCUUCAUUAAACCUAGUGAAGACCCAGAUGAGAUAAGAGAUACUGCCUUUUCCGAAAGUGUCUUCUACUGUACACUACAACUGUGUCAUGUUGUGUUUUUUUCUUGAGGAGUUGACAGUGUGUGGAGAGACGUAUCCGGCAGCUGGAGGAUCUGGAGGCAGCGUUUGCAGACCUGGUGGAGGAUGAUAGUAAGGAGAUUGUCAGGCGCUGGGCUGCCAACCCUGGAAAGGGUAAAUCUAUACCUGCCUUACAGUAACUCUGUUGCCAACCCUGGAUCAAUCUGCUCUAGCUGCCAGGCAGAAACUGCUGCAUCACCCCAGCUAGGCCUAAUCUUCAGUCGGAACCCUUUAUUCUUAAGAACCCUUCUCUCAGCACUGGUCAAUCAUAUAAUACCAGCACCAUAUCAGAACUAGGGAGAGAUUAGAUUGAGAUCUACUUAUUGUGAUAUUUUCCUCAUGUAUCAAUAUCUCUGCUUUUCCUACCAUGAACAGAUAUUAUACAUUUUGUGUGUAAUCAAGUUUUCCUUGGGGGUUGAUCACCUCUCUGUUGUCUGCCUCUCGUUGCUAACAGCUCUCAUAGUCUCAUGUCAGAAUUAGAUGUUUCUCAAACGUCAAAUUUCGAAGUUGUUCCAAACGUCAAAUUUAGAAGUGUUUAAGGUUAAGUUUAAGCAUUAACUCCAAAUUUUGAAGGUUAGGGUUAAGUUCAGGCAUUAACUCCAAAUGGUUACGGUAAAAGUUAAGGUUUAGGAUAGGCUUAAAACAAAAAUAUAAAAAACUACUUUAUCGCUGGAUUAGAAUUUUCAACCUUUGUAAUCAGAGGCAGAUGCUUACACCCAUCUGCCAUUCCCAUACACAGCACCCUGGCAAAACCAAAACCUACUUGAAGGUAACAGCGCUCACUGUUGCCCCGAGUGGCCGGUUUCCACGUCAUUUCCUGACGUCCUCAGACAUGGAUGGACAUGAAAUACUGACUUGUAUCACAGGUGACCUGGCUGCUCACAGUCUGAAUUAGAUUUGGCUGUCAUAAGGCUAUCAUUUUAGUUAAAGAGAUACAGGCAUGGGACUGUAGGGUGCCUCCUUGUUGUGGAGGUGAUGUUCAUUUACAUUUUUACAUUUACGUCAUUUAGCAGACACUCUUAUCCAGAGCGACUUACAAAUUGGUGCAUUCAACUUAUGAUAGCCAGUGGGACAACCACUGGGUUUCAAGUGUCUCCGGAAGGUGGUCAGUGACUCCGCUGUCCUGGCGUCGUGGGGGAGCUUGUUCACCAUUGGGGUGCCAGAGCAGCGAAUAGUUUUGACUGGGCUGAGCAGCAACUGUGCUUCCGUAGAGGUAGGGGGGCUAGCAGGCCAGAGGUGGAUGAACGUAGUGCCCUCGUUUGGGUGUAGGGUCUGAUCAGAGCCUGAAGGUAAGGAGGUGCCGUUCCCCUCACAGCUCUGUAGGCAAGCACCAUGGUUUUGUAGUAGAUGCGAGCUUCAACUGGAAGCCAGUGGAGUGUGCGGAGGAGCGGGGUGACAUGAGAGAACUUGGGAAGGUUGAACACCAGACGGGCUGCAGCGUUCUGGAUAAAUUGUAGGGGUUUAAUGGCACAGGCAGGGAGCCCAGCCAACAGCGAGUUGCAGUAAUCCAGAUGGGAGAUGACAAGUGCCUGGAUUAGGACCUGUGCCGCUUUCUGUGUAAGGUAGGGUCGUACUCUGCGAAUGUUGUAGAGCAUGAACCUGCAGGAUCGGGUCACCGCUUUGAUGUUAGCGGAGAACGACAGGGUGUUGUCCAGGGUCACGCCAAGGUUCUUUGCACUCUGGGAGGAGGAAACAAUGGAGUUGUCAACCGUGAUAGCGAGAUCAUGGAACGGGCAGUCCUUCUCCGGGAGGAAGAGCAGCUCCAUCUUGCCGAGGUUCAGCUUGAGGUGGUGAACCGACAUCCACACUGAUACGUCUGCCAGACAUGCAGAGAUGCGAUUCGCCACCUGGUUAUCAGAAGAUUAAUUGUGUGUCGUCUGCGUAGAAAUGAUAGGAGAGACCAUGUGAGGAUAUGACAGAGCCAAGUGACUUGGUGUAUAGAGAGAAUAGGAGAGGGCCUAUAACUGAGCCCUGGGGGACACCAGUGGUGAAAGCACGUGGUGCGGAGACAGAUUCUCGCCAAGCCACCUGGUAGGAGCGACCUCUCAGGUAGGACCCAAUCCAAGAGUGAGCAGCGCCGGAGAUGCCCAACUCGGAGAGGGUGGAGAGGAGGAUCUGAUGGUGGAAAAUCUAUAACUCAUACUUGUUUUCUAAGGUUUUAUUUGUAUCUCUGUUGUUUUUUAGUAUGAAAUCUCUGGUCAAGCUAGUGAGCAGCCUGCACAAUCAUAACGAGGCCCGGGACUACAAACUUGUAAAUGGACUGCUUUUUUCACCGAUAUAGUCAUCACCAUUGGUGUUUUGAAUUGCUAAUUCAAUUUAUUUCCAGGGAAGGAAGGAAAAUGGGAUGAGGAAGAACAUAAUGUAGCACUAAUGAUGAAAACGUCAAUCUCUAUAUAUAGCCUGUCAUUAACAGCUAAAAGGGUUUCAUUUUGCUGCCUCUUUCCAACCUUUUACUCUUAAAGGCACAAUGCUGAUAAAAAGAUGGCUUUCAUUAUUUGGAUGGCUCAUACUAUUCUCUCCCUUCCUGGUGCUUCUCCCUCUCCAAUAGGGGUGAUGAUGAUUAUGUUGAUGAUGAUGAAUGUGCAACAGCAGGGUCUGACCUGUGAUUUUGUCUCCUUUUGUCUCCCUCUGGGAUGGUGGUGGUGAUGAUUAAGGUGCACCAGGCGGGGCUGACCUGUGACUACUCAGAGCUGCCCCACCACAUUAGCAGUAAGGAGGAGAUUGAGAGACUGGUCCUGGCG